AUGGGCUGCAUUUGCUCAAAAGGAGCAGCAGAAGAAGGAGAAGACACAUCAUUUCAUCGUCAGAAAGGAAACGAGUAUUGGAACAAAUCUUCCUCUGUUCAAUUGAUUGCUCCGAACAAAGACGACUUCUCUCACAAAGCCGUUGAUGGAAGCUCCGGUGGUGCAAGAAGAGCGAGUGGUUUAAUCGUUCCUAUAGAUGAUAGUCAUGAUGGUAAAACAGUGAUUGUAGAGAGACCUUCAAGGUCUUCUCAUCGAGGAAGAAGAGUUUCAGAUAAUGGCAAAGGAGGAGGAUUGAUUAUCUCGAAUGUUCCUCGUAGCGCAGAAGCAGAGCUUAUUGCAGCUGGUUGGCCUUAUUGGCUAACCUCUGUUGCAGGUGAAGCCAUUAAAGGUUGGGUUCCAAGACGUGCAGAUUCCUUUGAGAAGCUUGACAAAAUUGGACAAGGAACUUAUAGCAUUGUGUAUAAGGCUAGAGAUCUUGAGACGGGUCAAAUAGUGGCGAUGAAGAAAGUGAGGUUCGCUAAUAUGGAUCCGGAGAGUGUGAGGUUCAUGGCUAGAGAGAUCAACAUUCUGCGGAAACUUGAUCAUCCUAAUGUUAUGAAGCUUCAGUGUCUUGUCACUUCAAAGCUAUCAGGUAGCUUGCAUCUUGUGUUUGAGUACAUGGAGCAUGAUCUCUCAGGUCUUGCUCUCAGGCCUGGUGUCAAAUUCACUGAGCCAGAGAUCAAAUGUUUUAUGAAACAACUGCUUUGUGGACUUGAGCAUUGUCACAGCCGUGGAAUCCUUCACCGGGACAUCAAAGGUUCGAAUCUUUUGGUAAACAACGAUGGAGUUCUCAAGAUUGGAGAUUUCGGUCUGGCGAGUUUUUACCAACCUGACCAAGAACAGCCUUUGACUAGCCGUGUAGUCACAUUGUGGUAUAGAGCACCUGAGCUUCUUCUAGGGUCUACAGAGUAUGGACCAGCCAUUGAUCUCUGGAGCGUUGGCUGCAUUUUAGCAGAGCUCUUUGUAGGUAAACCAAUCAUGCCGGGAAGAACAGAGGUGGAGCAAAUGCAUAAGAUCUUUAAGCUGUGUGGUUCACCAUCUGAAGAGUUUUGGGAAACUACAAAGUUUCCACAAGCUACAAGUUACAGACCGCAACAUCCUUACACGCGUGUCCUUCUUGAGACGUUCAAGAACUUACCACCUUCUUCUUUAGCUCUUCUUGACAAGCUUCUAUCUGUAGAACCAGAGAGAAGAUGCUCAGCUUCUUCGACUCUAAUGAGUGAGUUCUUUACAACGGAGCCACUCCCUUGUCACAUAUCAAGCUUGCCUAAGUAUCCUCCAAGCAAGGAACUUGAUGCCAAGAAUCGAGACGAAGAAGCAAGAAGGAAGAAAGCUGAAGCAGUGAAGUGGCGAGGACAUGAAUCUGUGAGAAGAGGUCCAAGAGACUCCAAGAUAACACCGGAGUUCAUUGCUUCAGGGCAUUCAAGUCUCUCAAUCAACACACCGGUCGGUUUCAAGAAGGACAGUGGAAGAUACGACAGAGGAAAGCGGUUUUCGGAUUCAAAUUCAGCGAUCCAUCCAAGCGUAGCCGCGACAUGGAACAAGAACGAAAGCUCUAGUAGGAGCAAUGUAGGAGAAGUGAAAGCUAGCAGGUCCAACAAUGUCCUUGGAGAUUACUUAUCUAGCUCUUCACAAAGGGAAAAUGUACCUUCAAGACAACCUGCACCGACAUACAUGCGGAAGAAGAACAGAAUGCACUAUUCAGGUCCUUUGAUGCCUCCUGGAGGAAACAUUGAAGACAUGAUGAAAGAUCACGAGAGACAAAUCCAAGAAGCUGUACGCAAAUCCCGCCUUGUGAAAACUGCAACAAAGAAGAACAAAGAUAUUUCAGUCAGAGCAUGUGCUUAA